AUUCACAAACCUCAAAAUAGUAACAACAUUCUUCUUCCCUCUUUUCUCCCAUAUAUAUUGAAGAAGGGAUCCCACUUUUUCUCGAUAUAAAUCUUCUUAAUUAAUACCAUCCUUUCUUCUUCAAGAGGGAGAUUGACAUCUUCUUGAUUCUUAUCUCUCUCUUCUGGGCAUUUCUGCCUCAUAAGCUCGGCCACUGUACCACUACAGUAUAAUAUCAAUAAUGAAGAAUGUUUGCUGGCCUUACUUUGAUCCUGAUUUUGAUAGUCUGCCUGAGAGGAUAUUUGGGCCCACUUGUAGAGUUUGUAUUGAUAAUGAAAGCAUGGAAGAUUGCACAGUUGUGAAGGUUGACAGCGUAAAUAAGCAGGGCCUCCUCCUGGAGGUUGUGCAAGUUCUGACAGACUUGAAUCUCACCAUCGCAAAAGGCUAUAUUUCUUCCGAUGCUGGGUGGUUCAUGGAUGUUUUUCAUGUUAAAGAUGAGCAUGGCAAGAAACUUAGAGAUCAAAAUGUUAUCAACUAUAUCCAGCAGGCUAUAGGGACAACAAGGGAGAGUACCCCAAGCCCUCCUAAUGCAAGAGCAUAUACCAACAAUAUUUUCGAAGCCGACCAUUCAAGCGAGCACACGGCCAUUGAAAUGUCAGGAACCGACAGGCCUGGCCUCUUCUCCGAGAUAUCAGCUGCCUUGGCAGACCUUCAAUGCAACAUUGUGGAAGUCCAUGCUUGGAGCCACAAUGCUCGAUUAGCUUGUGUCGCUUAUAUUUCCGAUCCAUCGUCCCACACACCAAUUGAAGACCCUCACCGCCUCGCCUCCAUCGAGGAUCAUCUAACCACAGUGCUCCGCGCCAACACAGUGCGAAGCGCUGGUGAACCAUCCCAAAUCAACAAUCGAGAAGUGAAGACCGGGGGCUUUCUUGGAGGGGAAGGCACCGUAAGCAAUGUAGAGAGGAGGUUGCAUCAACUCAUGCUUUCGGUAAGAGAUUUUGAUGGGCCUAUAAGCUCAUCCUCAACGGGAACCGGAUUGAAUAACAACAAAGGAGGGUCAAAGAUGGUGGUUUCGAUCGAGAACUGUGACCAAAAGGAGUAUUCAAUUGUUAACAUAGAGUGCAAGGAUCGGCGAAGGCUCAUGUUCGAUACCAUAUGCACACUUAACGAUAUGCAAUAUGUGAUUUUCCAUGCUUCGGUUAGCUCUGAUCAUGAUGGCCGUGCAUUUCAAGAAUACUUCAUUAGACACAAGGAUGGAUAUGCACGUAACACAGAGAGUGAGAAAGAACGAGUAAUUAAAUGCUUAGAGGCUGCCAUAGAGCGUCGGGUUAGUGAGGGUGUUCUGCUGAAGUUACGUGCAGAAAAUAGAUUAGGGCUACUAUCGGACAUAACUCGAGUUCUCCGAGAAAAUGGACUGGCCGUCGUUCGAGCAGAUGUAGCAACAGAAGGAGAGAAAGCAGUGAAUGCUUUCUAUGUAAGAGACAUCUCAGGGAAUGAAGUAGAUAUGGGAUUCAUCAAGUCAAUGAAGAAAGAAAUGGGUCUAACUGAUCUUGAAGUGAUCAAGAAUGAUACGUCGACGACGACGUCGCCGACGAGGACGAUCACAAAUAUUAGCCCACAUGAAAGGCAUCGUUUCUCUUUUGGAGACUUGCUCAAAUCUCAAAUUGAACGAUUUUCUCACAACUUCGUUGCAAUAAAUUAAGUGAUCAUGAUGUAAAUAUUAACGUUUUAGUUCAUUAAUGAAUUUAUCAUUUUAUUGGUA